AAAUGCGACACUGAAAGCUGUAGCUAUGUAACCUGGUAAGAGUUAACGCUAUCUACAGUAAAGGUUUUAUUUAUCAACUGUUUUAUUUGGCAGUAGUAGGCCUAUUUAAAAAAAAGAAAAAUAUAUAUAUAUAUCUAAUACAAAUGGCAUCGGUGGUUCAGUACGGCCGAAGAAGAGGCUCCAGUAAAAGAGUGUCUUCAGUUGAGGAAGUCAGCAGGAUGAUCCAGCCACCAGACCUCCGGCAAGUCACUGUCUUAACCAAGGCUGAAUGGCUGAGGAUUCAAGAUGAAAUAAACCGGCUUAAUAAAGACAAGGAGAGAACGAGAGAGGCAGCAAAACAGAGAGAGACCCUUCACUUGCAAUCAAAAGAAGUGGUGAAACUGUGGUCCAAUACCAUCGCUGGUCAAAGGCAAAAAAAGCUAGAGGCAAAGAAGCUUCGGGAGGAGAUUGAGGAGGAGAAAAGGAAAUUGACUGAUAAGGAAGAGGCCAAAUAUCAGGAGCAACAGCGGAGAGAGGCCAUUGAAAAAGCCAAGACUCAGCUGUAUUAUCAAACCGACCGUGUUAAAGGAUUACAUCGUGCACUCUUGCUGACAGAGGUGCUGAAGGAGAGGGAAGCACAGAUCGAACUGAGGAAAAGAAUCAAGAGUGCCUCUAAAGAUGUGGACAAAGAAUUCCUGAAUAUGGUAGAGAGCAGAGAGGAUGAAGCCUUGAGACAGGAGCAGGAGAAAGCACUUCAGAAAAAGCUUGAGAGACAGGCUGUGGCAGAGCAGCUAAAAAAUCAGGUCAAGGAAAAUAAGCUACUGAGAGAGCGACAGAAGAUGGAGAACAAAAAGGACGGAGAGGAAACCCAACGCCUUCAAGAGCUCUACCAAUGGGAGCAAAGAAUGGAGGAAGAAAGACAAGCAAAGCUGAAGAGAGACAUUAUGCAUGCUCACCUGGAACAUAUAACCAAUAGAGAGCUCAUAAGAGCAGCAGAUGCACAAAAACAGAAUGCUGAAGAGGAGCAAAGGAAACUUUUUCUCUCUGCAAAACAAAAAAUGAUGAAGUUACGGAAAGACAAAGAAAAGGAAUUGUUCAGAGAGGCCCAGAUGCGCAGAGAGAGGAUCAUGGACAAGCUGACCGUCACACAGCAGGAGCAAACUGACACCGAGGAGCAGAGGACUGCAAAGGCUGUCGCUGAGCGGGAUGCAAAACAGGCACAGUGGCAGAGGGAGGAGGAGGAAAAGAAGGCUGCGAUGUUGGAGUCGAUUGCUGCACACAGAGAAUUCCUGAGACUAGAAAAGGAGCAGAGGGACAAAACGGACCAACAGAACACCCGAGACAGACUUCAGGCCAAGAAACAGGCUGACAGAAUAUUUUCCGAGAAACAACAACUGAAGACUCAGAGGAUCAAGGAAGAUGGACGAAAACUACAAGAAUUCCAUGCCACACAAAUGGCUCAAAAAAGUGCCCGGCAUCAGCAGCUGAGAAGAGAGGAACAUGAGUUUGAAGUGAAGACCGCAGAGCUCAUUGCUGAAGAGGAAAACCUGUUUCAACAGUAUUCACGGCACAUCAUCAGCGCAGCGGCGGAGGCUCAGCGAAAUGUGUUUCCACUUUGCAAAGCCGCAGGGGAAGGGGUUGGAGGAGGGCUCUGUCCCAUUUCUAACGGAGUCAAGCCUAGAUACCUCGUUCAGGACCGUAGUGGUGCUCAAAUGCCCAAAUAUGUCUCUGGUGCCACCCAGAACGUUAAAAAGCUUAAUGAGGCCGUAGAUAUUCAUGAUACAAAGCGGAGACUUGGGUUUACAUGGUCAUAGGUCGCUCCCAGCUGGCAAUUCUGGUUUCAUGAGUGUUGAACACACUUAACACUAAAUGUUUUCAUAGCAUCCUUAAGAUGUUUUGACAGAGGCUGUCUGAAAUCACUCCCUCGCUUACUCAUUUGUUAUUCCGUUUUUAAUAGACACUCAAUAGUGUGCUGUGUAGUGGAUAGUAAAUUGGGACAUUGGGCAAUUGUGAAGUCAUUAUAUUGUGUCAUCCCUUGCAGGGGUAAUGCCGCACGGUUUUAAAAUUUAGAGUUAAAGGAAAUGUAUAUGAACCAUAACAUAUCUGGUUUGAGUUAAGCCAGGGAGUCCUUCCCAUCUCUCUCCAUUUCCUCUCAUCUCACUAAUAAAAGGCAUGGAAUUGCCCAAAAUAUACUAUUUACAAAAGGUGGCCUCUAUGUCAUGGAGACUACUUUCUUUGUCCAGUUGUUGAGAUGUUUGAGAGCAAGAUAUAGUGCAUCAUUGUCACGUAUAGUACACCAUUUGGUAAACGGAGUGAUUUUGGACACAAUCAAAACCUUUUGCAUGGAUGUUCUACAGGUACAUGAUGGAGAGGAAUACGUGCUUUAGACAACGUUGUCUGAAUGUUUUAGUCAGAAUGCUCUACAGUUUAUUACAAACUUCUGUAACGUUCCAGACAUUCCAUAAUGAAACAUGAAAACUUGAUCGCUACAGUGAGAUUAAUUCCAGACAUAUUUGUGGUUUGAAAUAAAUAAAAUGUUCUGUGAAUAUCGUGUAUCAACUUACCCAAGUAAAGAUGACUCUAAAAACAUGGACUCUAGUUAAACACUGAACCAAGCAAUGAAUCACCACUGCAGUUAACUGAACCUGACACUGGAUGACAAAAUGUUGACAGUACAGUAUGAAUUUCCUGUAAUAAUGUUAUCACUGUUGAUUAUUGUAAUUUUGGAUGCUAAUAAUGUUUGGGCCUCCAAUAGAUAGAUUGCAUUUGUGACAGGAUUUACAGAAUAUUAAAACAAUUGAUUAAAAUCAAA